AAGACGCACUCAAAAUGUGGAGUUUAUUGCCAUUUUUAAGCCUCCUACGAUUAUUAUCAGCUGAAAUAACAGCCCCAGGCAUCGAUAGAAUUAUGAGUGAUGGUGUUACGAGUGUUGGGUAUAAUUUAGUGUAUGGAGACGAAGAUUUCCAGGUGUACAACGAAGUGGUGAGAAAUGAAGAGAAAAUGAACGCUUUGAAGAAUAGGUUUAAUUUAAAUGAAGCGCUGCCUCCGUUGCCAGCUGGGGACGUCAAAUGCUUGAUGUCCGUUGAUAGAUACUGCUCGAAGAGUAUGCGUGAGAUGAAAAGUGUGUUAAUAGAGGCCCUAAAAGAUGACUGCGCGAAAUGUUCGAAAGAGCAGAAAGAAAAUGCGGGAAGAGUUGUUGCUUCAAUGAUGGCGCACGAUCCUUCAGCUUGGAAAUUGUUCCUGACAAGGUCCUCGUUACAAAUUUUUCCUGAGAAAAAGCCGACAAAACGGGAAAAUUAUAAAUAUAAAAUUGUAGGACGGGCCGAAGAUAUAGUUAAUUCUAGAAAUAGAUACACUAUGCCAGGUGUAAAAGUUAGAGUUAAGAGAUAUGUCGUAGAGAGAGUUAACUACGAUUAGUGAUUAGCUUACUAAAUGCUAUUAUGUGGAUACUCUCAUCACAAGUAUCUAAUUUUAAACAAUAUUGCUCGACAUUGUUUCUUUCAACGAACAUCUAAGGACACAGUUAAAUAGCAACAAAACGUGAUUUGAAUCGAUGACGACCAGUCACUUUCCGUGAAACUUGAUCCCUUGGCGUUGCUUAGAUAUGUUAAAUGCAUCUUCUAACGCAUUUACUAUGUUCAGUGUUCAGAGGAGUUUGGAUUAAUACCUGCAUUAGCGGACAGGGCGGAAUACGAAAUACUAUCCGUUUACCACCGUUCCACAACUAAGCGUUUCUUAACGCAGUACUUGCGCGCCCCACCACUAUGUGGAACCAGCUGCCAAUUGAAGUAUUUUUUUAACUAAUUCAACUUAUGGUCGUUCAAGAAAAGAGCGUACCAAUUCUUAAAAGCCUUCUGGUAAUAUGAUUGUCCAUGGACGGUAACACUUAACAUCAGGUAAGCCUCCUGUCGUUAUAAUUAAAAAAGAAUAUCACUUCUCUUAAAUGAAUACGGGUGAAUCAGCUAGAAGGAAGUAAAGAGAAGCAACGCUAUGAUCAAGUUUUAGAAAAUUGGCGCAGUACUAUUCCUAAAUCUGUGUGGAGCUAUCGUCUACAUAGUGGGGAUCGUUUCGUUCGUUGAAUUUAUUGUUCGGAUCUGGAGUUGACUUUUAUCUUGGAGGCAGAAUUCAAAAUUCCCCCUGUAUCUUCACGCUCUUCAUCUUGAGAAUUUUAAAGACACGUUUUGUGGCGCACAAAGUCAGGGAAAAACUAUGCUAAAUUCCUAACGCCUGCGACAAAGUUCUGUCGUUUUUAAUGGCAUUAUGAAUUUUGUGAAACUUUAACUCGUUACUCAUAUAUAGGGCUUUAGUAAUAAAAUAACUAUAGAAAUAAUUUUUUAUAAGUGUAUGAGAGUAAAGGUAAAGAUUAAGUAAUCGGGAAAUUCUUAGAUGCAGGUGUAUCGUUGCAAUUUAUAUGGCGCCUGACAAAAAAAUAUUGUAUUUAUAUAGCGUUGAUCAUUUUAAUAUUUAAAAGUUUUACAUUUGUUGAUUGUAAUAGAUUUAGUUGAAUUUAAAAUUUCGUUAUUACUAUAUUAAAAGAAAGUACACGUUA